AUGGUGGCGCCAUGUCCUCUCGAGUCCCUGGUGCUUUACCUGGCCGCCACGCCUCAUUCUGCUAGCAUGGCACUGGUGGCCAUCCGGGAGGAGCGCCAGGCCAAGAGCCUGCCACACGACGCCACGCAUUCGGUCGGGAUGAUGCAGCACCAAGACGACGCCCCUGAAGCCAUGGCAGCGCCAGCAGAUGACCAAGCCCCACAAGACAGCGCUCCUGAGGCUGUAGUUGCCCCAACAGGCGACCGAGCUCCUGAGGUCCCCCAGCCUCAGGAGGUCUCAGACUCCAUCAACACUUUCGCCCUUGUUGAGCACCCGGUGUACUUCGUCAGCAUGGUACUACGUGACGCGCAGGCACGCUACCUCAUGCCGCAGAAGCUUCUGCUCGCGCUCCUCGUUGCCUCGCGCAAGCUGCACCAAUACUUCCAAGGCCACCCCAUUAAGGUUGUCUCAGUUUAUCCAUUGGAGAGGGGCGCGGGGGCUGGAUCUGUGCUCAUCUCGCCCACCCACGACAAGCUCUACUACACCGUGCAGCUCUGUUUCCAACGUGGCGAGAAGGUCUCCAACAACAUCGCGGAGUACGAAGACUUGAUCGCCGACCUCAAGGCCGCGGCCACCUUAGGCGUGAAGUGCCUCACCAUCAAGGGCGACUCCCAGCUCCUCGUUAACUUCUCCAACAAUGUGUAUGAGUCGAAGGAUGAACACAUGGAGGGAACCCUGCCGGAGAAGGAGGAAGACGCGGAGCGCGUGGCUCAGCAGGCCAUAGCCUACUGCAUUCAGGACGGUGAGCUAUACCGUAAACGACCAAACGAUGUUUCCUUGUGA